AUGUUGCUCAGGCUGCUUUUUGCAGCAUUUCUAUUCCAGCAAGCCAUUGCACUUAAUGAGACCAUUGAUUUGGGAUAUGCUCGUUACCGUGGAAAGGACAUUGGCAAUGGCGUUAUGCGAUGGUCCGGUAUGCGAUAUGCCAGGUCGACAUCGCGGGUAGACGGAUUACGAUUCACUGCUCCUCAGGAUCCUCUCGACCAGCCCGGCAUUACUGACGCGACCAAAUUCGGACCUCUCUGCAUCGGCACUGGAAGCGAACUCGCCAAUGAAUUUGGAGGAGAUCAUUCAGAAGACUGCCUCUUUCUGAAUGUCUUCGCACCAGCCAAGUCCAGCAAUCUCAGUGGUCUACCUGUCUAUGUUUUCAUCCAAGGCGGCGGCUUCAGUGUAAACGGUAACGCCAACUAUAACGGAGCAGAUCUCAUCGACGCUGCAGACAACAACAUCGUUGUUGUCAACUUCAACUACCGCGUCGGACCGUAUGGCUUCCUAGCUGGAAAAGAGAUUACCGCCAACAAGAGUUUGAGUCUGAACAACGGCUUGAAGGAUCAGAGACAAGCACUGAAGUGGGUAAAGAAGCACAUCCAGCAGUUUGGGGGCAAUCCCGGUCACGUCACUAUGGGUGGAGCUAGCGCUGGAGGAGGAUCCGUGGUCCUGCAAUUGACAGCAUACGGUGGGCGUAACGACGACCUCUUCCAUGCUGCUGCAGCCGAGUCUCCUGCGUUUCCACCACUCCGCGAUGUGCCCAAUAGCCAGUGGCAAUUCGAUACUCUUCUCAACCAGACCGGCUGUGCUGAUGUCGCGUGCAUGGCGUCCCUCGAGGCAACUACUUUUCAAAAGGCUGUCCGAGCCUUGAAGAAGCCUUUCCCCGGAGCAACGAACCCACCCAUUUACUUCUGGAACCCUACUCUAGAUCACGACUUCAUCCAAGAUUUCACAUACAACGAGCUUUCCGCUGGCCACUUCGUCAAAGUACCCACCAUCUUCGGCGAUACCACCAACGAAGGCAUCAUUUUCACGCCCAAGGAUAUCAAGUCCAUGCCCUCGGCUGCACGCUUCGUUGCGGACCAAUUUCCCGGCAUCAAGUGGAGCGAUAUCGCGAAAGCGUGGGACGCCCCCAAUGCCCAAUCCGACGCUCGCUGGCGCCAGGUGGCUUCCGACGUUUACGGCCAUAUUCGCUACAACUGCCCCACACUCAACAUCUCCUCUGAGUACGCCGAACAAAGCACCGCCCCCGUCUGGGCCUACCGCUGGAACGUCGGUUCUGCCUCGCACGUUGGCGAACUAAUGCCCAUUUGGAACAACGCCACCUCCGCGGCGGGCGUCUUUAUUCAAGCAUACUGGGCGAGUUUUAUCCGCAGUUAUGAUCCGAACAGACACGUGGCAGACUACCUUGUCGCGGCUGGUGGCGAAGCUGCAAGGGAGCUGGUGAGUCCCAAAUGGGACACAUUCGGCAAUGCGACUGGGACUAGGAUGGAAUUCAAUGAUGGGAAUGCGGUGGCCAUGGGUCCUGUCAAACAGGUUGAGCAUGACCGGUGCAAGAUCAUCACUAGCAUGGGAUUAACGCUGAAGCAGUAA